AUGAGCAUGCCGCUGUUGCAGAUGGAGGAGAAGGAUUCGAUGAUCAGUUCUCUGCACGAAGAAUUGAAGUCGCUGAUAAUGAAUAGCGUGAUGUCCGCUGCUGUAUUAGCUGAUGAAGCUGCCGGUUCGAAGAGCGAUCCGACACCGUGCGCUGAUGACGAGACCGAAGUCACCGAUUCCCAAUCAACGCCGCAAGAAAUGUUGGAUGUUCCGUAUUACGACUCUCCGAGGAGGUCCAGCAAGAGUCCGAAAGGAGGAAGUCGCACAUCUUCGCCACGUAAAUCAGGCUCCAGGUCGCCGUCUAAGAGUUCUUCGCCGAAUCUGUCGACUUCCAAGUCGACGCCUUCACCAGGUCUGCAAUCGCCGACGAAGAAGUCUUCGUCUUUGGUGCAUUCCCCGAAGAAGUCUAAGGUGAAGUGUUGCCCGAAUCCGAAAUGCGAGAACCCGAAUGCCCUCACCACCGUAGAAGAGUUCAAUCACUCGGGCGGUUCACCUAGCGAUUCCAUGAACAAUCUGCUUCACAAUGUGGACUACAGCAAAACUUGUUCGAGAUUGAUCAUGCAGGCAAAAUCCUUGCAGAUGCCCAACCAUCCAUCAAUCACCGAUUCGCUGGCAUUAGACGACUUCCCUUACAAUCCAGACUGCAAUUGCGAUUUCACCCAGAACGUGUCUGCAUUCCAGGGAAUUGAUCGUGCCGAAAAAGACGAGAGCUCCUCACCGCGCCGAUCCUCGCCGACCAAACAAUCACCAUCAAAUCUUUCCUCUCCAUCGAAUGAAGCAGGAUCACCGCGUCGCUCCACAUCCAAAUCACCCACGAAGUUGUCGACCAGAGGAGAUUCGUCUGCGAAGAUGUCAUCAGCGGAUUCGCCCGCGAGGACGUCGAAGCAGACGUGCUGCGAUAAUCCGAACUGCGAGAAUCCCACUGCAACUCGCAUCCCAUCUACGGACUUGGAAAACGUGAAGUCGAUGAUCAAGGCUUGCAGCCGUUCCAAGAGCAUGAUGAUUCAAUCGCAAAUGUCCGAUUUGGAGGGUGUAGUCUUCAAUAUGGAGUGCAAGUGCGAUUAUACGCCCGUCUCAUCUCCAAUUGGAAACGAAGCACAAUCACCGCGUCGCUCCACAUCUAAAUCACCCACGAAGUUGUCGACCGGAGGAGAUUCGUCGUCUGUGAAGAUGUCAUCAGCAGAUUCACCCGCGAGGACGUCGAAGCAGACGUGCUGCAAGCAUCCGAAAUGCGAGAACCCCGAAGCCGACCUUGUCGUGUAG